AUGAAUACGAUCAGAUCUACUUGGAUGGGCUGGGGCGCCCUUUGCCUUGCCGGCGGCGGAGCCUACUACUUCGCGAAGCAGUCGAUCAAUGCCGACCGACAAGCCCGAUUUGAAGCCGAACUUAAGCACAAGGCCCAGAUGAAGCGCAUGGAGGAGGAGCACAAGCGCCAAUCAGUCCCUGCGACCACACCAACCCCAAGCAACGACGCUAGCUUGAAGCGAGCAAAUAUGGCACGAUCCCAAAACGCCUCCGACGAUGCCGCCUCGCCGAGUGUCGAGGCGUCCCACGACCCGGCAGCUACCCGGCACGAACCCCUGACCGAGACCGAUCGGGUCUUGGAGAAGGGCAAAUAUGAGACGGCCCAGCCGUACCGGCCUCCGAGUGGGAACCGGUUCAGCUGA